AAAUUGUUCCUGAUUUAACUGGUUGAAUUGGUUAGUCGAUCCUUCUAGUUUGGUUAUAAAAGCAUUGCCUUUUGGCCAUGGCCCCAUUCCAUGAUUCAAAAGCUUCUUUACUCUUUAGCCAACUUUCUUACUCCUUCCUCCUUAAGAAAACAUCUGCUGUUCAUCACCAUUAUUAAUCUCGUUGCUUCAUCCCAAGGUUUUUCUCCUCCACACUUCUCCUCAGAUGCCCGCUCACAGUUGCACCACCCUUCCACAAGUGCCACCUCUUCAUUCUCACCCUCCUCCUCCCCAUUCCCAACCUCCUAAAUCCACCACCAUGCCACUGAACAAGCCGCCGGAAUUAUCGAACCCGUUGCACACGGGGAAGUCACAGCUCCUCCCUCCCGAACGUCGCACCGGCCCCCUCAUCUGGUGCGCCGCCGUCGUCUGCGUCGUCCUCACUCUCCUCCUCAUCCUCGCUGGCAUCGUCACGCUCAUCGUCUUCUUCGUCAUCAGACCGCGCAGCCCUUCCAUCGACCUCACCACCGCCAGCCUCAACAGCAUCUACCUCGACUCGCCCACGUACCUCAACGGCGACGUCGCCUUCCUCGCCAAUUUCUCCAACCCCAACCACAAGAUCGACGUGGUGUUCAAGUCGCUGGGCUUGGAGCUCUACUUCCGUGACAGGCUCAUCGCGGUGCAGGCGCUGCGACCGUUCGCGCUGCGGACGGGCGAGUCACGGCUGGAGGCGGUUCGCAUGAUCACCAGCGAGGUGCUGCUGCCGGCGGAGCUGGCGGAGGAGCUCCAGAAACAGGUGAGGGAGAACAGCGUGGUGUACAGCGUUAGAGGGAGCUUCAAGGUGAGGGCGAGAUUUGGCGCCGGCCAUUAUUCGUACUGGAUCUACAAUCGCUGUGACGUCAAGAUCACGGCGCCGCCCAACGGGGUGCUCGUGGCCCGGCGGUGCAGGAAAGAUUAGCAUAUGCAUUUCUUCAUAAAUCACAAUUUUUUUCCCUCCCCUUUUUCUCGAUCACGAUAGAUUUUUACUCGAAGUGAGCAUUAUUUCAGGAUCACUUCUUAGUUGAUAAACUUUUAAAAGAGUAAUUACAUUUUAUAAUAUAAAAUGUAAUUUCUUUAAUUUAAUUACUAGAUUUAUUCUUUAAUGCUUGAUCUAUAAUUGAUGGGUAGAACUUUGAACACCAACAACGAUCUAAAAUGUUCUGUUUGUUGAAACACAAUGGAAGAUACGA